CACGCGUCGCCCGCUUUCGUGCUCGAUCCAGCGGCGGCUUGACCCCGAAGCGACUUUCCAGGAACGAAUCAUCGCUACAUUGCCGGUACUGCGAUAAAUGCGUGCUGCGGAUGGACCACCAUUGCUUCUAUGUCAACAACUGCGUCGGGAAGAAAAAUUACAGGCUCUACAUCGCGUCGCUGGCGACCAUAUCCCUUCUAUUUGUAUCCAACUUUAUCGUUGCGAUCAUAUCCAUCGCUUCCUGGUACAGCGACCCUGACUAUCGACGUGCAGAAGAAACCGUCCUUCAAACAACCUCCGAGAUAGCAGUCCAGACAUUCAACGGAGUCGUUGCCCUCGUUGGAUUCCUUGUUGGUGGAUAUGGGCUCAAUCUUCUUGGACUGCACUGUGUCUUGUACUACAAGGGCAUGACAACGCUCGAGUACGCUCGGUGGCUUCAAGAAGCUCCAAACGAGCCCUCCAGGGAAGCCCGCGAGAGGUGCAGGCCGUUUAGCUACAUGUACCGAAAGAAGCGCACGCCCGUGCAUCCUGACAACCAGAACACCACAAUCGACAUUGGCGACGGCCAGCCAUCAUAGCAAAUGCAUCACGAUGGUGGCCGGUGUUGCAUUGGCGCUUGGACUACAGCAGCCCAAAUACAACGAAGGAUACCCAGACCAAGCCUGUGACCCCGGUCCUGCGAGUCGAAUGUCGGUGUAAUAGCUGC